UGAAAACCGAAUCGGAAAAUAACGCUCGAAGCCGCUUCCCUCAGUUCAGUUUGCGAACGCGUAGAGACAGCUGCGCGCCGAUCGCUCGAAUCGACCAUAAGUGCCUAAAAGGGAUGUGCCUUCAGUGUUAGUGCAGUGUCUUAUAGUUGUACAAGUGUCGUAGUGACUAUAGUGUUCUCUUUUUUGUGUUGAUCCAAGAAAAAAUACCGCAACACUAUGGAGUUAAGGAGGAUAGCUCUGCUUCUGGCGUUCUUCGUGGUAGCUGUCUGCUCGCAAUGCUCAGAUGCACACACAAUGCGGAAACGCGGUGCAGAGGAUGGUGAUUACGAUGAGAACCUGAUGGGUGAUGAGGGUCCCACCGAUGAUGAGGCACAGAAUGACGAUAGAGGUGACGAAAAAGAAACCCCUCCAGAAACUAUCAUCACGCAACCGACCAGUUACAACGUGACAGUCGGGAGGACAGUGCGGCUAGAGUGCAAAGUCUCGCCCAACAACAGACCUGUCAUCCAGUGGUCGAAGGACGGCCAGCCGCUCUUUAUGGGUCAAGCCAGGUUCCCAAUGGCCCAACUGGAAAUGCCGGAGAGGCUGAAUGUCUCCAUCGCUACCAACGACCUGUUGAUCGUUGACGUCAGACCAGCUGACAGCGGCAAGUACAAGUGCACGGUGAUCCAGGCCCAACAAACCUCUAUCGAACACGUCAUCGCUGUCCAGGAAGCUCCCAGGAUUAUUAGAUACACCGUAUCAGACAACGGCGUUGUGAUGGAGGGAUCAGAACUGGUGCUGAGGUGCGAUGUGGCUGGAUCCCCUGCUCCUACCAUCAUCUGGUCCAGAGAUAACGGCGCUGGGAACGUCCGCCUUACAGAAGCGGACGCCAUCUUUACCCUGAACACGGCCACCAUCAAGAAUGUCCGCCGCGAGAAGGCUGGCAAGUACUACUGCUUUGUUUUCAACGCCCUCGGAAGCACACAGUCAGAACACAACGUGAAGGUUCUGCACAAGCCUCAUGUGCAAGUUCACAAAACAGUCGUCAACUCAGCUUUGGAAGUGGAAGCCAUUUUGCAGUGCGUUGCUCACGCAGAACCUGCCCCCAGAAUCACCUGGUACAAGGACGGCAGCAUGAUCGACCCGUUCUCCCCGUACGUGGUGUCCACCGACGGCCCUCACUCCAACCUCACCGUCACUCCGCAUCAGGAUUCUGAUUUCGGCACUUUCACUUGUGUGGCCACCAACAGCCACGGCAAGCACAACCGCAGCAUCGAGCUGGUGCAGAGACCAGUAGUUGAAGGUGUGGAGCUGGAAGGCAACAAGCUGAGCUGGCGCGUGCACUCGCACCAGCCGCUGAGGAAGGUGGAACUACAGCUGAGGGACACGGAAGCCGUGGUGACCACAUUAAACGUACCACUACCAGAGGACACCAACAAACACGAAAUUGAGUUCAUUUACGCCUUGGAAAACGUCACCCCUGGAAAAUACGAGGUUGUGGUCAAAGCCGAGAACAGCAAGGAAUGGAGCAGAGAGAGCGAACCCGUCAUUGUGGAUUACGAAGCCAUGCCCAUGCCUAUCCAGACUGCAUCAGUGUACCACGGGAACUCACAUUCUAUCCGACCAGCAUCCAGCGUGAUCUUGUCAUCAGCCUUCAUGUACUUACUCGUUCGAAUGUUUUAAACUGACAGCUAGCGUUACUUAUUUAUUGUUAGUAGAUAUCGAAGUAUUCGCGUUAGGACAAAACACAAUGUACCUUGAUGUGUUGAUUUAGAGACGCUUUUCGAAUGAUUGUUUUUGGAACGAAAUUUUUUGAGAAAAAAUUGGUAUUAUUUUUACCAUAAUUUAGGGAACGGAUGACAACGCUAUAAUAAGAAUGUUAAGGCUAUUAAAUAUAAUAAUCAAACCAAGCAUUUUUACAAAGUAAUAAAAUUGUCGCAUUAAAUAUUAUACAAAAUAGUCAUACUUCUGUCAUCCGUGUAUGUUUUUAAGUUAUCAUAAUCUCUCAUAAUUUGUAUGUAAAAGUACAAACAGCACAAAAAUGAACCAGUUACUUUACCGUUUUAUAUUUGUUGUACAGAUUAAUUUUGUAAGGGAUUUAUUAUUUUAAUAUUAAUUUAAUUAUAGCAAAAGACCUGAUCGAUAAGCGAUGAUACUUAAAAAUUAAAAAUGGCAUCUACUUCGUUAAAAUUUAAGCUUUGCAUUUUGGUAUCAUUUAAUGCUUUUAUUUAAUUAAUUUUAACUUUAAUAAGUCUUUAUUACAUUUUAUUUGACAAUUUACCAGUUUUCCUUGUAAAUAUUAAUGAUUAAUUUACAGUGAAAUUAGAAUUAAUUAAUUUUUAUUUAAAUAAAUUUUUUCGCUCUGAGAAAAUUUAUUUGAAUUAUUUCAAUUUGUAUUUCUGUUUAUUUUCUUAUUCUUUUAUAUAGUCGUUUUCUCACAUUAGUUUAUGUUAGAGUUUACAAAUAGUAGGUAAUUAUUACCAAAGUGUAAUUAAGAAUCACAUUUAGUUAAAUAAGUUUAAUGUCCAGUGUAAUUAAUUAAUGUACUUCUUUACAACGCUUGUUAAAAACAUUAAUAAAAUUAUUACAAUUGUAAUCCAAUUUUUGAUUGGUAUAUUGCUUUGGCGCUGAGGAAAUUAAAAAAUAUUAUCAAAAAAAUAAUAGGCAAAUUAUUAAAUUAAAUACCCAAAUUAAAUAAUCUAUGACAUUGUUAUCAAUGGGAAUAAAUACAUUUUAAUCAAUAAAUAGAUAAUAAAGUCAACUAAAGUACAGUUGCCAUAAUAAAUGUAAAACAAUCUGAUUAUAUUAAAAUAGUUUUAAAACUAAGGUCUGUAAUAUCGUAAUAUAGUGAACAGUAAUUACAAUGUGCCUGUAAUAUAUACAAAUGAAUAGUUCCAAUGAAGGUGCUUGUCCUUUUAUAAUGUGUAGCGUAAUCUUCCAUUUACAACGUAAUUAUAAACGUUAUUAUAAUCAACUAGUCUUACAAUUACAGAUACAUCGCUUUAAUAAAUCAUUAAUAAAUCAUACAUUUUUUAACACUCAUAACGCCAAAUUACAAAAUAAAAUGAUAAAUUGCGAAAUAUUAUUAUAUUAAUGAUUGCAUUACAUUUAAGAAUUAUCAAUUAAAUCGAAAUUUGUUAUUUUAACAAUAUUAUAAAGUAAAUAACACCGUAUAACGUACACACGUAAGUCAUAAUAAUUACAAUUAUCAAUCUCAUUAAAAAUUACAAUUGUAAUUGAAAUGAAUUUUUUAUUGAUUUCAAAUUGGGUCAUACAGCUAUGCUUAUAUUUUGAUACGUGUGUAUUUGUCAUACUAUUAAUAAUCAUACAUACUUCACUGUAUUAGAAUUCAUGUAUUAUAUUAUUAUGUGGGUGCCUUCUUACGUGAAUUGUAAACGAAGGUGAUAUUUUUGUCUUAAACAAAUAAACGAUUAAUGUUUGUACAUAUAUUUAAA